AAUGAAUGCGUUAUUUGAAGUAAAAUUUUGGACUUUUAAACACGAUCUGAUCGGCGAUGACUAUGAUGUCGGCUUCUCUCGUUAUCAUGAUAAAACUGAAAAACUUAAGGCAACAAGCGAAAUACAAAAGAUGCAUUAUAUAGAAAGUAGAGAUUCUACGUACAUUCUAAAGAAUAGAAAACUAAAAGAAGCGAUUAUUGAAUUAACGGAUUCCCUUAAGUUAAAUACCUGUGUAAAAUGCAAAUGGAACACACCUUACGAUCUACAGCUUGUAUUAAGUAACGGAUUAUUGGCUAACAUUAGCGUAAGCCUUCAUACGGGAGAUAUCGAUAGUCUUACUUUAGAUAAAAGUUUAAUUGCUAAAGUUGGAAAUAAUAUUAUUAGCGAUGCCAUAUUGGAAAGUAACUUUGCUGCCGUUACCUAUUCGAAUAUUCCUACUUUUCACUAUUUUUUCUCAAUCAUAACCGAUAAAUUUAUUGGACUAAUACAAACUCAAGAAUUGAAUGUCACGCAAUUACCUCUACCUGGGCCGAUUGGAAGAAAAUUACAGCGAAAUAUUAUCUAUAGUAACUUUAAUAAUUUGGCGUGUAUUUGGUGGACAAAUUCCACUGAUGAAGCAAGACCUUGGACAGCCGAUGACGAAAGAUCUAAUCUUGUUCUUAUAAGUUUAGAAGGGUUCGUAGAGGAAAAAAGUAAUAUAGUUUGCCAUCGAAAUUCUGAAAGCGAUCCUCUUUCUGUUGUGUUUAGUAUCAACGAUAACAAUAAAUUAUUAAGCGUCGAGCAAGCGCCUGCCGAAAAUGGUUGUACUCAAAUCAAUCUUGUUUGUUACGAUGCGAAACAAACUAGUAAACACAGUCUUCCAAGAGAUAACUCGAGAAAAAUUUUUAAACUAUCAUCUUCCGUCCUAGUUUGUAGCUGGUCGAAUGAUCAGCAAAGACUCGUUUUAUAUUGUUUAGACGGUACGAUGUGUAUUGUACACUUGGAAAAGUGCAUUAUUGUUAAAGGCCAUACAAAAUUGAAUGUGAAUAGUAUUAUUUGGCAUCCUUCGGAUUUAUUUUAUGUAGUAUUUAGCGAUUGUUCCGAAAUGCAGAUUCAUGAUAUUUCAUUGAAUGUUUGGAAAACAUCGAUUUUAUCCGACCAAUUUAAAAAUGGAAAAGAAACUUUUGAAUUUUCAUCAAUUUUAAGAUCGGCACCAAUAUUUCAAUUAGCUGCUUGGAAUAAAUUGAAUUUGGACCAAGGUGUUGUUGUAGAUUGUUGCGACCAUUUACUUAUAAACUUUGAAGGAUUUUCUUUUGGUCUUUUGCGCAUUUUCUAUCCGGCUGAAACACAAGCAUAUUGGUCUCCUCUAUAUCUCGUUCAAUUUUACUUAAGAAACGGCCAAAUUGAUUAUGCCAUAAAAUUUACCUCUUCCCUUAAUUGGGAUCGGGAAAGGGAUGGAACUUUUGCCAGUUUGGCUUGCAUUAUUAAUUAUCUGUUAAGACAGCCGUUAACUGCUGAAAGUGAAAAUCAAUUUGAGUGCGCUCUAGCCAUAUUCUAUUCGCCAGUUUCUAAUUGGGAUAAGGAUAUUCAGUUUACAUACAAGAAGAACGUUGAUAAUCUUGCUCGAAGAUAUUUUAAACAUUUGAUAAGAUAUUCAGCUUUUGAAAAAGCCUUUCUUAUGGCAGUUGAUUUGAAUGAAGAAGAUUUAUUCAUGAAAUUACACUUGGUUGCUAAGAAAAGUGGAGAAGAUAUUUUAGCGAAGGCGUCUUUAAAAAAGGCUAAAAUUAUUAAACAAAAGAUAGAAACGAAUGAGGAGGAAGAUUUAGAAGAUAAUUAUGAAUAUACAGCCUACGAUACAGAUCUUUCUAAAGAAGACAUAAGUAUUACUGAAAAGAUUUCUAAAGCCAAGUCUCAAGAUGAACCUUUUGAAAGGUUUAAAUGUAAAGAUGUGAGAACAAUCUAUGAUCACGAAAGAGAAAUCAAUGAAAUUCAAGCUGAACUUACAAGCAAUAUGAUAAAUGAAUUUACAGAAAUCCUCUUUAAUGAUUAA